UCGGAGCGGGGCGCACGUCGGUUGGUUCCGCGUUCUACAAAGGCAGGCGGCAGCGCCACGAGCGGAUUAACAGCAACUAACCAUGUCGCCGAUACCCUCGCUGCUCCUCGUCCUCCUAGCGGUAGCAACCUCGUCGGCGCCCGGCGUCGCUGGCCUCGGCGGCGGGGAGAAGCUGAAGCACAUCCACCUGUACAUGCACGAGACGUUCUCGGGGGAGAACGCCACGGAGGGCGCCAUGCUGCCGUCCCCCUUCGGCGCCAACGCUACGUUCGGUUCGGUGGGCGUGUUCGACAACGAGCUCCGCACCGGCCGCAGCAGGGACUCGCCGCUCGUGGCGCGGUACCAGGGCAUCAUCGUCGCCACGGGGGUGGCGGAGGGCCCGGCUCUGGAGGGCCGCAUGUCGGUCGCCUCCAUUCUGUUCAUCGCCGGGGAGUACAACGGGAGCAAGCUGUCCCUGGAGGGGCCCAUGAUCGGCUUCCAGGGCACGGCUGAGCGCAGCGUCGUCGGCGGCAGCGGCAAGUUCAGGAUGGCGCGCGGGUACUACCUGCUCAAGCUCCUCGGCCUCACGUCGCCCAACAGCGCCGUCUCCGAGAUCGACUUCUACGUGCUCCCCUGCGACCCGAGCUACCUCUAACUUCUUGGAUGCACUAUCAUGCACGACGUGGGUCAGUCGAUUUUUCUGGUGAGUGGGGUUUGCGUCAGCCGGCGAUCCAAUCACAGUUGUCUCUGCACUUGUUGACCCCCAAGUUCUCUUUUACUGCAUUUUUCUGCUCUCUGAAAUUUCCAAAACUAUAAAAAUGUGCACCCCUGUUCUAUCC